AUGACACUUCCAGCUACUGGAUCAGAGUGGAACAACGGUUUCGUCAUCUCUCGCUGUGCUACAGCAGAAAAACUUGCCGCUGGAAAUCAAGUCACUUUUCCAAAGUUUUCAUUAUUAGAUCCAAAAUAUACAAUGACACUUCCAACACGCCAGCUUCGUAAUGGCCUCUUCGAUGCCAUGUGCCACUGCAUCGACCAAUUCUUAACUCCACAGGUUGUUCCAAUGAUGGACAACUUCUGGUUAUCUGUCAUGCGUGAACUCGUUGAUAUUUCUCUCGACUUACUCAAACCAGAUUCAUCCCUCGAAUUACACGGAAGAUUAGUUGUUGCAGCAACAUUCGCCCUCAACCUUGUCUUCACAUUAGGAAAGAACACAUGCUGGGGUAUCCACCAAAUCGGACAUCAGCUCACAGCAGAGUACGGAAUCGAUCAUGGUGCAACACUUGCUAUGGUCACAAUUCCAUUCCUCCGCCACUUCAAGAAAGAACGCGAAUUCAAUCUUGCCCGCAGUGCUGAACGUGUUUUCGACAUCCGUGAAGGCAGUGAUGAAGAGAAAGCUACAAAGUUCAUUGAACGUCUUCAAGAAUGGAUCAUCUCUAUUGGCCAUGUCAAGACAGUCAGUGAAUGUGACCAUGCCAAACUUCCAAUCAAAGAAGGCGACCUCGAAAAAGUUGUUAAAAUGGUCAUGGUUUCCAAUGGAGAUAAACCUUUCGGCUACGAGAAGAUGGUUACAGAAGACGUAGUCAGAGAAGUCCUUUCUCAGAUUAUUGUAUAA